AUUUCAUUUCCUCAACAAUGGCGGAGCCACAGGAAGAAGACUACAUUACAGAGGAGCGAGACGAGCUCAUGAUUUCACCUUCCGGCGACAGUACCCCCACACAAAGAACCGCCCACUUCCUCAAACCCUCCUUGCCGUCCUCCACCACCGUCUCUCUCCUUCAGCUCCCUGUGCUAAUUUCUCCCUCCUCAACACCCUUCAUAGAGCUCAAGAAGUCGGUGUUCUUCAGAGGCAGGGUAUGCCCGCAAAGGCAGUGGAGAUCAUGGGUGGAAAGGUUGAGUCCCGUCCACCACUCCCUCUGGAAGAAGUCUGGAAUUUAUGAGGCAAUAAUGGGUUCUGUGCACCAAAUCUUGAGAGACAACGAAUUGGUAUUUGGGGUUGCCGAGAGAUGGUGCUCCGAGACCAACACCUUCAUUUUUCCGUGGGGAGAAGCUACGAUCACAUUAGAGGAUGUCAUGGUUUUGGGGGGUUUCUCUGUUUUGGGGGACUCUGUUCUAAGCCCUCUUCAGACCAGAGAACUGUUAGAAAUUGAAGAAAAUCUAAUCAGAGCGCGCAAGGUGUUCCCAUCCCAGAGAGCAUGGACGGAUCACUUCAUGGCUAGUGGGGACAAGCUCGAGCACGAAGCGUUUCUCUGCUUGUGGUUGUUGAGGUUUGUGUUUCCAUCAAACUCGUAUGGUACUAUUCAAAAGCAUGUUUUCCCCAUCGCUGUUCAUCUCUCUAGAGGGACUCAAAUUGCUCUUGCGCCGGCCGUGCUAGCCAGCAUCUACAGAGAUUUGAGUUUGCUGAAAGCAAAAAUUGAUGUUGAGUUGCGUAGCAUGAAAACUUGUGAGGCUAAAGAUGAUUGUUUGACACUUAGCCUUUGGGCGCCGUUUCAGUUGGUGCAGCUAUGGGCUUGGGAGAGAUUUUUAGCAUUGCAGCCGGCGCCAAACUUGAUCAAACAGGGUGCGCCAAGAUCGGCCCAGUGGCACAAGGUGGGAAAAUUGGGAUUUAAGAAUGUGAGGUCAGCCAUUGAUGCCGCUAGUGAAUGCUUCAAAUGGAGGCCUUAUGCUGUAGCUGUGAACAACUGGGCGUGUCAUAAGUUUUAUGGAGAUGGUACUGGAAAGCAGGUUGUGGGUGAUUCUGAUACGGACAUAGAGUUACAGUCAUUUGCUCGAUGCGUGAGGACGUGUGAGCUUGUCGGACUAGAUUGUAUAGAAAAGUACCUUCCUCAUAGAGUUGCUAUGCAGUUUGGAAUGGAUCAAGAUGUUCCUGAUUGUGUCCCCAGAUUGAACCAGUCCCCCGAACUUGCCUGGGGCAGUUACAAUAAGCUGGUUAGAGGGGGAAAAUUGCACAUGCCACACCGGCUCUUCGAGUCGGAUGUUACCAUGCGAUAUUUUGAUUGGUGGACACAGUCGGUGCUGGCACAGAAAGACCCAAUUAAGGGCGUUGUGAGACGGCCAAGAAGCUCGAGAAAGUUGAGAAGAUUGUCGAAGAUUUGUAGUGGAAACAAGGAGGCAGGGGCUGGUUCUGUUGACAAGGAUUAGCUAACAAUCUUAGAAUUGCUGAAAUCUAGCAAGAAUGAUCAGUGUAUCUCAGGCGCUUAUGGGACACCCCCUGGUUUUGAAAGUAGGGAAGAAGCCGAUGUUGAGGAUAAGCUAACUAUCUCAGAAUUGCUAAAAUCUAGGAAGAAUGAUCGUCAUGACUCUAUUAGGAAGAAUGAUCAUCAUGUCUCUAUUGCUCGUGGAUUUCCCCCUGGUUUGAAAGCGAAGGAAGAGGAGGCUCCUUGCGUUGAGGAUGAUGAACUAAAAGUUGUAAAUGUGUUGAAAUCUAGUAGGAAUGAUAACCGUGUUGGAUGCAAACUGCUGCAUUCGAUAGAUGUGCAAUCUCAAAGUUUAUUGCCUUCGUCUACCAAAGAUAAAGCCAUCGGAAUUUUGGAGUACUCAUCUAUUAAACAAGUGGAAGAGAUCAUGCAGAAACAAGAUACAUUGGAGCAUUUGGAAAGAGCCGUGGAAGAUGCAUGUAAAGCAGGGCUUCCACUUGACACCAUGGUGAGCAUCAAGGAUGGUAAAGGUAAAAACAGCGGCUUUAGAAGACUUGAGGUUCCGGGACUGGAACUGGAGGCUCGUAUUAGUAAGCUUGAGAAAGUUAUUGCAAACAUAAAAAGCUAGACGUUGUUUGAGCAAAUCCUGCGGAAAGAAGGUUCUUUAGCCCAUGUACAGUACAAUUCAACGAGCUUGGUUUUAUCAAUCUUCUUUUAGCUCAAUGUGCAAUUCUCAGGACUAAUAUAUACUACAGGAUCUACGUGCAUCGACUGCUCAUGCUCCUAGCUAAACUGAUGCUGUAAAUGCCUAGAAAUCUUAGAUGAAAUAAAAACCGUGAAGCUGUACAAAACAGAAGGUAACAGUGACGAUGAACAAUCUUGAGUAGGGACAUAUAACUUGAAGUGUAGGAAAUUUAUGUUACUUGCUUUAUUGACUUGUGUUCUUUUUCUUUGUUUUGAUUGCU